CCGGAUUCAUUGGUCCUGUGUGGCGAGAUAUGCACUCGCUUAACAAAACCCCGACAAAAUACCAACGAAAACGCAAAACAACCGUGUACCCGGAGGACGACAUUUUUAUUUCCUGGUUGGAGAGAUGUUUCAAAAUGUCGACGUGUUGGUCGUGUCUGCUUCUCGUGGCAUCGUGGAUUUGUUUUAAGACGCACUCAGUGUCAGGCGCCUGUGAGUCAGUGCAAUAUGGUUUGGACUGUAGCUACAUCUGUCACUGUGACGUUGCCAACUGCAAUGGCGUCACAGGAUGUUCUGGAAACUGCCAAAAAGGAUGGUUUGGGCCAAAAUGCACAACAGAAAAUGUAGCAUUGAAGAAAACUACCUACCAGAGUUCAUACGUGCCAAAUUACACGCAUGUCGCUGUGCUUGCUGUAGAUGGCGACCGUCGCGCUGGUGGAGGAGGAUUCUGUAUGGUAACUGGUGAGAAUCUGCCAUACACGUGGUGGGAAGUAGACUUGGGAAGAGACUACUACAUACACAAGCUAGAUAUUUACUUCCGCACCGACUAUAAACUUCGAAGAAACGGUGUUUACAUCUACAGCUCAACAGAAGCCAACCAAACGAAUACAGGUCAUCUGUGUGGUACAACCACUAUAAAAAGUCCUAAUAUAACAACUGUUAUAUGUGACAGUACAGCCAGAUACAUCACUCUCUACCGGAACCAAACAAACAGUGACGGCAAAAGCACAAUGGACUUUUGUGAAGUAGAAGUGUAUAUUUGUGAUCCUGGAACGUUUGGUGAUGACUGCAGUCAGUUUUGUCACUGCCUGAAUGGACCGUGUAACUACACAACUGGAGAAUGUACAGGAGGAUGUAAACCAAACUGGACUGGCACGAAAUGUGAUGGUUGUGAUUCCAGUCAGUAUGGUGACUUAUGCAGUAAACAAUGUUCUAGUAGACACUGUGACGGCAUAUCAUCAUGUGACGUCAAAGGGACAUGUACAAAUGGAUGUGAUCCAGGAUGGAUGGGAACAGAGUGUAUAGAAAAGUGCUCUGAUGGUCAAUAUGGAAAAGCUUGUGGAAAAUCAUGUGUGCAACGGAACUGUUUGGAUAGUUCCAGUUCCUGUAAUCACGUGACUGGGAAGUGUGCUGGCGGUUGUAACCGAGGAUAUCGAUCUGUGGAUUGUACCGAGCUUUGUUCCGAUGGAACCUAUGGCUACAACUGUAACGCGUCGUGUGAUGAUCGACACUGCAAUGGUAAUCAAGACUGUGACACAUUAUUUGGCACUUGUACUCAGGGAUGUCUGAGUGGCUGGGAAUUGAAAGACUGCGUAGUUCGGUGUCACGAUGGCACGUACGGACCUGGGUGUAAAUUUAAUUGCAGUGAAAGACACUGUAAAGGAGACAGCACAUCAUGCGAUGCAGAACAUGGAACGUGUCUUAAUGGUUGUCAACCAGGAUGGAAGAAUCAAAGUUGUUCUGUAGCAUGUGCCACUAGUACAUACGGCCCAGACUGUCAGUUGUCGUGCUCACAAAGACAUUGUCAGGACGAAGCUGCCAGUUGUGACCAUGUCAGUGGUUCCUGUGGAGGUCCAUGUAAGGGUGACUGGAAGGAAAUAGACUGUACAGGAUGUACAGGGGCAUACGGUCUAGGAUGCAGUUCGUCAUGCAGCGACAGACACUGUAAAGCUGAUGAUGCACCAUGUGAUCACGUGACUGGUUCCUGUGGUGGACCAUGUGAUGCUGGUUGGCAAGGAGAUACGUGCACAGACAAAUGUGACACUGGUAAAUACGGAGAAAACUGUUCAAUGCCCUGUGAUGCCAGAAACUGCAGCAAUAAAGAUGUCUGUCCUCAUCAAGAUGGAAAGUGUAUAGGCGGGUGUAUCUCUGGAUUUCAAGGACUGGACUGUUUACAAGUGCUUCCACAAACUACUGAUAAUACUGACACUACUGUGCCAAUUAUCGUUAGUGUCGUCAGUGUUGCUGUGGUUGUCAUUGUUGUGACAAUCAUCAUCGUUGUAUUCCUGAGGAGAAGAAAGCGAUCGAGUGAUAAAAACAAAGCUGAUGAUAUAAUUGUUUCAGAAGAUGAUACAAAGAUAAAAGAAUUCAGACACAAACAUUUUGUGUAG